AUGGAGGGGUGCGCGGCGGAAGCGGCGGCGGCGGAAGCAACAGUGGGGGCGGGUGCAGAGGUGGAGGGCGAGGGCGAAGAAACUAUGGCAGCGGCCAUGGCGGCCAUGGCGGCGGGGGGCGCGGGCCCAGCCGUGCUGCAGGUGGCCGGCCUCUACCGGGGCCUGUGCGCCGUGCGCAGUCGAGCUCUGGGUCCAGGCCUAGGCCUGGGGCUUGUGGGGACCGAGCAGCUGCGGCUCUUCUCCGUGCGCCGUGGCGCCGGGAGCGGCGAGGCCGAGCUCGAGACCAACCCCUACUAUGACAAGUACCGGGAAAAGAUCCAGCAACUGCGCAGAUCUGACCCCGCUGCCUUCGAGUCCCGCCUGGAGAAGCGGCACGAGUUUCGGAAGCAGCCUGUGGGACACUCCAAGCAAGCCGACUUUAUCAAGUGUGUGGAGCAGAAGACGGAAGCCCUGGGGAAACAGUCUUCGAAGGGAGGAUUCACUAAAGACAAGACUCUCGGCUCGAUCUUGAACCUGGAGAUGGUGAAAGAUAAAAGUGGAGAAGAGAUCCAGCAGAUUUGGCAGCAGUACUUCGCAACAAAAGAUACCAUCUACGCUGUCAUCCCUGCAGAGAAGUUUGACCUGAUUUGGAGCCGAGCCCAGAAGUGCCCAUCUUUCCUGUGUGCCCUCCCAAGGAGGGAAGGUUACGAGUUCUUUGUGGGACAGUGGUCAGGUCCUGAGCUCCACUUCACUGCCCUUAUAAACAUCCAGACUCGGGGGGAGGCAGCAUCAAGCCAGCUCGUUCUCUACCACUUCCCAGAGCUCAAGGAGGAGAAGGGCAUUGUACUCAUGACGGCAGAAAUGGAUUCCACCUUUCUGAAAAUCCCUGAGGCUCAGUGCAUCGCCAACCAGGUACAGCUCUUCUAUGCCACUGACCGGCAGGAGACCUAUGGCCUGGUAGAGACCUUUAACCUCCGACCCAACGAGUUCAAAUACAUGUCUGUCAUUGCAGAACUGGAGCAGAGUGGGCUUGCAGCUGAGCUGAGACCCUCACAAGGACCAGACAAAGCCUAGGGCUGGGGUCAUUGUACUGAUGGUGGUGGUCAGUCCUGAAAAGGGGCCCAAGGACCCAUCAUACACACACAUACAUUCAUGCACCCACACACACGCGCUGGACUCUUUUUGUGUGCUCCUCAGGAUGUUUAUUGUGGGGAGGGGGAUCCCGGAGUUGGCACCCUGGUCUUUGGUGUUUAGAUUUCACAGGGUGCGAUCUUACAAGAAUUCCCUUCCAGUCUCCUUAGGCUGUCCUUGGGAAGGGAGUGGAAGCCAGGUCAGUGAUGCUCUUAACAUCGUUAACAUACUGCAAUUUCAAAAUGUGACACUGUGGUUGCAUGCCAGUGGUUUUGACAUUACAGCCCCAAAGUGAUGGAGUUGUCAUUUAUGUGGAGUGAAGGAGAGAUGACUCUGUUCUGCCUGCCGUGGCCAUGUUUGUGGCUUUCCCAUAGUUGGCACACAGGCAGGCCAGGCACAGGCAUCUCCGAGGGCAGGCUGCCCAUUUCAUCCAGAGGUAUCCAUGUGGUUUAGUUGGAACUAUACCAGACUGGCCCGGGUGCCCGUCUUGUGACCUCCAGGGCUGGCACUUGGUGGAGACAGCAGGCAGUUUUGAUGCCCCCUGAGAGAAAACCACAGAGCGUGCUCAUUCUUCUCACCUGCCCUUUAGAAACACUCUCCAGGUGUUGCGUGCUUGGAGGGGGUGAAUCAGUACAGUCUGAACAUAUACAUAGAUAUAAAAAUGGGUGCCUGGUCCUGAAUCUCAGGGUGGUGGUCCCCAGCUUAGAGCCCCAUAGCUGUUAGCAUAUGACAACAGGGCCUGACUCCCUGGGCGAGCAAUAAAACCGCUCCUGGCUCUCCAA